AUGUAUUUUAUUUAUAAAUUUUUGUUUUUUGUACUCUCAUUCAUUUUUUGUAAAUACACUAAUUGUAUUUAUCAAACUAUUGAUUUGACAAAUCUUAACUUUUACUAUAUUCAUUGUGAGAUGGAAGAUCUUUACGGUAACAUUAGCAUUGUCACAGUUGUACCAAAUGACUCAGUAAAAAUAAUUAAGGUGAAAUAUAAAGUAAAUAUUUUAUGGACUAAUAUAUUACCUGGUGAGUAUCUUAAUGAAGUCAAACUGUAUAAGUUAUACGGUGAACCUAAGCUAGCGCUUGUAGUUUCGGAUUUUUAUGGUACUAAGUAUGUAAGAUUUUUUGUUAGACAAGGUUUCAUUUGGGGCGAAAUAAGGUUGAACGAGUUUAAUGAAAGUUUCGAGACAUUAAUUAGAACAAGGGUGUUUUAUCUGAAAAAUGUUGUAGAUACUGAUACUUUUAUGGUUCAACGCCAAGUUUUUGCGGGAUUUCCGGCCUACAUUUUCACUCCAUAUAAUGUUUACGAUGUUGUUGCUGCAAUUCACAACAAUUGGGUAAUAUGGUCAAGUAAUAGAGUAAAUAAAAGAUGUGUUCGUAUUGUCGUUCAUGGAAAGUUAAACGACCCAAAACUGGUCCAAAUCACCGUUUUGCGUAAUACUAAUAUUCCUGGAUUUAAAACAGAUGUUCAAGGUGGGAAACUAACUCAACAAAAGGAUAUCAUGAGGAUGCAUUUGAUAAAUGAAUUUCUUAGAGGUGCACGUCUUGCCAGGAAGCGAAUUAGUAGACGAAGAAAACUGGGAACACAGUCGACAGAAGAUUGCGGAGAUUCUCCAACUAAAAAAGUUUCAUAUUAUGUGCCUAAAAGAAAACUAGUAAUGCCAAAGCAAUAUGUUAAAAGACCUAAAAAAGAUCAACAGGAGCAAGAUGAAACAGAUGAGGAAGAUAUUUUGGAAGAUGAAGAUGAAGAUGAAGAAGAUGAGGAUGGCAUAGAACAAAUGAAGCAACAAAAAAAAAUGUAUCUAAAUGAAAAGAAAUUAUUAGAAAAUGAAAUAACUAAGCUGAAAUUCGAAGUAAAUCAAAUCCAAGAACUAAUUGUGGCAGAAAGAGACCAAUCUAUAGAUAAAGCAGGCACUGAGGAGGAUAGUUCAGAUGAUGAUGAAAAUGACCAAGCUGAGGAACGUGAAGAUGGUGAACAAGAUGAUGCUCCAAUUGAUCUUCAAGAUGGGAAAUGUGACGAUAUAUCUGAUAAAAAACGAGAGCGUAGGAGAAAAUUAAAAAAAUUAUAUGGUCAAAUCAGACGGAAAAGAAUGAGACUAUCUGAAGCUGAAGAAAAAUUGAUUAGUUUGAAAGAAAAGUAUAUUGAAGGAGAUGGAAUAUUAGAUUGUGUUAUACCAAAGGAGCAAAUUGAAAGAAUGCAGGAAUUAAUCAAUAGCAUAAAACGUGCGCGUCAGAAUUUAGCACAACUAAGAUAUAUAUAUACUGUUGGGAAAAAGUCGGAAGGCGAUGGAAGUAAAGAUUAUCAAAAAAAGUGUGAAAAUUUAAUAAGGAAAGAACAAGCUAAUCUUGAAGAAUUGGAAAAAGAAAUAUUUAUAUUAGAAUGUACAAUGAGAGAAAAAAUAGGUUUUAAUUUGGAAUUAUAUUAUUCACUACUAGAAGGACCGCUGAAAGUUGGUAGUAAUGUGUACCAUAAUAUUAAAGCAGGGCCACAUAAGAAAAAAAGAUAUGAACCUAUAAAGGUUAAGCAAAUUCAAUUAAGUGAAUUAACACAACGUAUAGAAGAAGAAGAAUCUACAGAAGAACCAGAAUCUAUGGAUGAACAACAGAAUAUACCAGAACCACCUAUAGUGGAACAAUAUAUAACAGAACCCCAGUAUAUACCAGAACAUCAACUUAUAGUAGAGCAACCUGUACCAGAACCUCAAGAGCAACAAACUAUACAAGAACAUCAAUCUAUGUCAGAACCUCAACCUAUAACAGAACCUCAAGUGACAUAUAAACCGUAUAAACCUAGAAUACAAGGUUCACAAGGAAUGAGAAAACAAUCACAAACUCAAGAUCAAGGUACAUCAGAAACUCAAGAUCAAGUUACAUCAGAAACUCAAGAUCAAGGUACAUCAGAAACUCAAACACAAGUUACAUCAGAAACUCAAGAUCAAGGUACAUCAGAGCAAGAUGGAGUUGUAAAUCAACCGAGAUUAUUUAGACCAUAUUUAGAUGAACCCUAUCAACCACAACAACAACAACCACAACAAGUUCAGCAUAUUCAACAACCAUAUGACCCAUAUCAGCAUCCUUAUCAACAUAUACCAGGACCAUUUCAGCCGUAUCAAGAACCUUAUCAACCUUAUCAAGAAUCAUUUCAACCUUAUCAGCAACCAUAUGACCCAUAUCACCAACCAUAUGACCCAUAUCAGCAACCAUAUCAACCAGUACCAUAUGAACCUUAUCAACCUAUACCAGGAACUCAAUAUAUUGAAUUACAGCCAAUUCAACAACAAUAUUAUCCUGGACCUCAAUAUGUUGAAUUACAACCAAUACAACAACAAAUUCCACAACCUGUACCAGAACCCGUACCACAAAUUCAACAGCAACAACCACUGAAACAACCUGUACCAGGACCUCAACAGCAACAACCAGUGCUGGAGCCAGAAGUAGUGACCGUAAGUAUUUCUGAUGAUUCAGAUGAGGAUGUAGAACAAGAAACUCAAACUCAACCUGGACAGCCACAAUAUCAACCGCCUCCAUAUCAACCAAAUCAGCCACCUCAACCGGCUAAAUAUCAACCGCCCCAACAACCUGUAUCAGGACCUCAACAACCAUAUCAACCGCCUCAAUAUCCUGGCCAGCCUCAGCCAUUUCAACCUCAUGUCAUAUCACAAGAAGGAAUAACAUAUCCGCAGCAGCCAUUUCAACCUAUACCAGGAUACCUUCAAGAACUACUAGCUCGUAAAGCUACACAGAAUCAAAACGAACCCCCUAAAAGAAAACGUGGUAGGCCACCUAAGAUACGUAGAACACCUGAAGUACACGAAAAUACCAAAAAAGAUAAAUACACUCAAACUUAUGGGUCAAUUUACACAUUCCCCGUUCCUGCUCAACCACUCAUUCCUCCUUAUCCAUCUGUUGAAAAAGAGAAGAAUCAAGAUGGAGGAGAAGAAAGAGAGCCUCCAAAACAGCCAACUGGAACUAAUGGAAAAAUCCAAAGGUCAAAAGGAGAAUGGAUAGAACAAAAAUAUUACAAAAAAGUAAACAAUGAAUGGCAAUUAGUAGGGAAAACUGAAUUUUAUAUAUUGUUGCAAAAAUAUGAAAUGGAGGAAGAGUAG